AUGAGUCGUACGAGAGACGGCGACGACAGAGAGGCCACAGUGUCCAUUGUCCUCAAUAACUACGAAUCUGAAAUUAUUUUUGUUAACGUCUCCACACCUGAGGAAUUCAAGGUGGUCUACAGCAUCACCGACAAAGCAAGUUUCCAGCGCGCCAGCGAGCAGCUCGAGACGCUCAAAUCCAUGUUGCUGCUGCGGGGCAAGGCGGUCAUACUCGUCGCGAACAAGUGCGAGCUGGUGCGGUCCCGGGCCGUUAAUGUGGAUGAUGGACGGGAGUUGGCCAUCAACUACGGGGCGAAGUUCAUGGAGAUCAGCGUGGGUAUGAACCACAAGUGCGAUGACCUGCUGGUGGGCAUCCUGCACCAACUGCGGCUCAAGGAGGAGGCCGAGCCAACUGAACCCCACACACGGUCGGCCUGGACCCGAAAUCGUUCGUUGAUGCGAGCGUCGAGGAAAGCCAAGCGUCUCAUCAACCGCGUUAUGGGCAAGUCCGACAGCAAAUACAAGUCCUGCGAGGACUUCAACAAAUAACCGAAGCAACGUUCUGCCACUUCACCUACAAAAUUUAGAGGCAAUAUUCUGCAUCUUUCCAGAUAAAAUUUAGAGGCAAUAUUCAGCCUCUUUCCAGAUAAAAUUUAGAGGCAGCAUCCUGCCUCUUUCCCCAACAAAUUCUAGAGGCAAUAUUCUGUCUCAUCUCCAAGAAAAUUCAGAGGCAAUAUUCUGACUCUUCUCCAAUCAAAUUUUGAGGCAAUAUUCUGCCUCUUUCCAAUUAAAAUUUAGAGGUAACAUUCUGCCUCUACCACAACAAAAUUACGAGGCAACAUUCUGCCUCUUCCCAGACAAGAUAUAAACAAACCCCAGUGUCUGAUCACCAGAAGCUGGAGCGUCUAUAAAUUUUGUUUGGGUUGUCAAUUUCGCGAAACUAAAGCCAUAAUCACGAAUUAUAUACAGCUUUGGGAUAAACGGCCGCCUUUCGUCCGCGUGUGAACUUCAAAUUGCAUGAAAUCGUCGUUACAGUGUAACUUAGAUUCAUCUUCUUCAGGGAAUUCCCAAAGUUAAUACGCAGGAGGGUUUGCAUGAGAAGAAUUCAUAUCCUCGUUAGUUUGAAAUGAACACUCACGAGUCUAUUGAAACUUAUUUGUCAUUCGAGAUCACCAGAGAGCUCUGUCACUGCGACCAGCAGCGUGACUGACAGUUAUUAAGGUGAUGAAAUUAUCACCAAUAUUUUACAGUAAUAACACCACGCGAAUGCGUGAUAGCAAAAAAUUGCUAAGAAAUGAAGAGU